AGGUAGUUAAACUCCUAUGUCUGCAGCGUCGGAGUCCCGGUCAACUCGCUCGGGACGGCGGUCGACUCCUAGUCCUGAUGGUCCUCCUGUGAGCCUCGCCACUCCCGAGGGUAGCGCGGCUAUUGCCCGGGAGAUUCUCACAUGGGUUCAGUGCGACGAGUGCAAAAAGUGGCGGAGGAUCUCUAAUACCGAACAUCUACCGCAGCGAUGGUACUGCUCCUUGAAUCCCAAUCCGAAGUACAACAGUUGCGACAUCCCAGCUGAACCCGAGUCGAUGGACAUGGCCUAUACGCCGGAUUCACGGGGGGCAGGAGGCUCACCAAGUCCACUCACCGUCACGAGUAGCGCUCCGAGGGCCGACACGGUAGCAGGUCCGGUAACCUCGUCGAGAGAGGUUUCGCAGAGUGGCCCUGUUGCGGCUAGGAAGAUAUACACGGCUGAAUACGACCGAGCCCGAGACAUGUUGCGCAAACUCUCUGAUCAACAACUGCAGGAUCUCAGCGCUAACUAUGUCGACUGGCCGCAACUGCUUGAACUAUUCCGACGAACUCCGCGAGAGGAGCCCGAGGCCGCUCCUAGCUGGGCAGUACCACCCAGGAAGGUUCCUCGAAAAGAAGAGUCACAGGCUCGAGCGAACUCACUGCACGCUGCAGCUCAGAGAUAUCUCCCACCUCAUGUUGCACGUGAAUGCCCGGCGCCGAUAUCUAUGUAUGAGAGACAAGUCCAAGCUCGAAGGAUGGCACGAGCAAGUGAGGCCCGAUUGGAAGCUGCCAGGAAAAGAUGCCAACUGAGAAGUCGAGGGAAACCAUUUACGUGAGAGCGUUAUCAUA